UCUAUAGGGACAUUGGUGGGAAUCCUACAAUACACCAUUCCGUCAUCCCACCACCACAAGAAGGGACACGCCCCCUCCCACCACACACCAAUCACCUCCCACCACCACAAGAAGGGACACGCCCCCUUCCCCUGAGAGGAUUUCUAAUAUUCUGAGCUAAUGAAAGGAGGUAUUUUUAUAAUAAAUAUGCGAUAGAGGCAUAAAAAUGAGAUGUACAUGUGACACUGGAGCAGAAUAUCCAGAAUCCAUCGUGUUGACUAUAGUGUCCACCGUAUCUUCUCUGCUAGAGGCCGGGAUUUUGUACAUAGUCUACAAAUCAAUGGAGAUCCAGGCCCUGAAGAGAAGCAUUUGUGGAAUCACCUGCCAAACAUGGCUGCUGACAUUUGGAUGGAUGACGUGUAUCGGGAACAUGAUAACCCCAUUGAUACAGGAUUCAGCAAUGCUCAAUGAUAGCUACCUGGCAGUUUUAUCCAGUACCGUCAUAUACGGUGGUAUAUCUGUGGCAACUCAGCUAUACCCAGGCUCCAGGGACCGCAGAUGUAGGCGCCUUACCACCACGGUGCUGUCAGGGACCAUCUUGCUGGCUAACAUUAGCCGGCUAUCCUGUAAAAUGACGGCAUUAUAUACCUGUAGAAGCAAGUACUGCACACAGUCUUCCCGAAUUACUCUGACCAUCCUGGAGUGGGUCGUAUUGGUCUGCUCCUGUAUAAGCCAGAUACUGCUGUAUUGGGACUUCCCGGUUCUUACUACAACAUCUAAGAGGAACAUGAUAGAAGCUGAGAGCGUCCUGAGUGUUGAUCCCUUGACAGUGCCUCUAUUAGAUGGAGAACUAGAGGAUCAACAAGAUGACGUGACGCCAGAUGAAACAUCUACAUGUGACUUUGUUACAGUAGACCUAUAUUCAGCAGAGGACACAAUACCAUCAGACUAGGAACCCCAACUUCUCACUGGAAAAGACUCCCCCCCCCUCCCCCUCCCAAAAAAAAAAUGGAUGGAUAGAUCUAUCUAUCUAUCUAUCUCAUAUCUAUCUAUUAUGAGAAGGUGAAAGGCAUGGUGGUUGAUUGGCGAUAUGUGUCACCAAGGAUCCUGGCCUUGGUGAAGUAAGAGCCGGUAUUUAUUCAGUGUCUGUGCUGUGAUUCAGACUGACACUGUGGCUUUAGUAUGGCUGGAAGGCCAAUCUGGGACCACUCUUACUGGGAAUGGCCAAGUGUAGGGUGGGGGCCAUUCCCCACAAUCCAGGCCGCCUUUUGUUGGCCUUAAAGACAGCCUGCUUCACCAGCUGAGGGGGAUUUACUAUUUGCGGCUCACACUGCCAGAGCGAGCUGAAAGUGGAGUCCUUCCCUGAGAGGUUGGAAGAUGGUGGCCUGGAAAAGACUUGCUUGAUGCCGCAUGGCAUGGACUCAGGAUCUGCUGGCACCUGUUGUCCUGUGUGAUGCCGCUUCCAUGUUACUUUUCUAUCUAAAUAAAUAUAUUUUAUUA